GAAAAAAAGUGGAAUGAGUCAUUUUGGUGCAGUCUAUUGAGAUUUCUUGUAAGAAUCAAAAGUUUCUUUUAUUCCGUGCUCCAAAAUGUUCUCCAGUGGUCCCAAUUAUACGAAAUUAAAGACACAUCUGAGGUUAUCCCUCAAUCGUCUUAAAUUGCUGGAGAAGAAGAAAUCUGAAUUAACACAGAAAGCGAGGAAGGAAAUUGCGGAUUACAUUGCUGCAGGAAAGGCAGAAAGGGCAAGGAUUCGUGUUGAACACAUCAUCCGGGAGGAUUAUCUAGUUGAAGCAAUGGAAAUUGUUGAGAUGUACUGCGAUUUAGUGCUGGCACGCUUUGGCCUUGUAACGCAGAUGAAGGAUCUCGAUGAGGGUAUCGCAGAGGCGGUGUCCAGUCUAAUUUGGGUGGCACCACGCCUCCAGGCAGAUGUGCAGGAGCUCAAAGUUAUUGCUGAGCAAUUGACCACAAAGUAUGGGAAGCCUUUUGCAGAGGGAGCCAUCGCUGGGGCUCCUGGGCAUCAUGUUUCGGAGAAGUUGAUGCACAAGAUGGCUAUUCAGGCACCACCGAAGCUCCUGGUUGAGAAGUAUUUAAUUGAGAUUGCCAAGAAUUACAACAUUGAAUAUGAGCCAGAUCCGCAAGUAAUGCGUGAGGCUAAGGAGGAUGGUGUUCUCAUUGAUUUGAGCGAUAAGAACAAUCUCGAUAGCAACAUUCCCCAACCUCCGGGAUUUAUUGGCUUCCCACAGGCUCCACCUUUACCGCAUAUGCCUGAGCCACCAAUGAGGAAGCCCUUUGACUAUCCAAAUAUGCACGGAGGACAUGGUGGAGGACCAUCCGGAGGUGCUUCUGCACCACCAUUCACCUACAACAUCCCCCCAAAUCCACCAGGACCGUCCGGGGAGAAGAAGGACCUCAACAUCAAUACGGAUUUCGUCGACAAUGAGCGUCAUUCACUUCCGCCACCCUAUUCAACCAUCUCUCCUGAUGAUAAUCUCCAGCUUUAUCCAACACUACAGAACUCGGCAAAACCCAAACCGCAGCCGCGAUCGAAGAUUCCACCGGACAUGGGUGAAAAUUCAGCGCAUCCCUUCCCGAAUCUUCCGAAUGUGCCCAUGGACUUGCCGGAUAUCCCUGAUGCACGUGAGGACAAUGAUGAGAUUGACUUUGAUGAUCUAUCGCGACGCUUUGAGGAAUUGAAGAAGAAAAAGUAGCUGCCGCUCUCAACAUCAAUCUGUGUAUUCGCUUAAAAGCUAAACAACUCGUCGCGGCAGCACUCGGACGCUAUAAUGAAAAAUAUUAAUCCGUAUUGUUUCUAAAUAUAAAGAAAUAUUUUAUUUUGUUGAAAUGGUGUAACUGUGAGGAGAGAAAUCUAUACACAUUUUAUCCACAAAAAAAAUGAUCGU